AUGAGCGACGGCAGCCGCAAAGCAGUUAUUAAGAAUGCUGACAUGUCAGAGGAAAUGCAGCAGGAUGCCAUUGAAGUAGCAACUCACGCAUUUGAAAAAUUUAACAUAGAAAAAGACAUCGCGGCAUAUAUCAAAAAAGAAGUAAGCGAUUUUUACUUUCACUACCUUUGCAGUUCGACAAACGCCACGGCCCUACGUGGCACUGUGUUGUUGGCAGAAACUACGGGAGUUAUGUAA